CAUACAGUUCCGCAUAGGUGUAGCGAAUUGACUGUUGCACUUCCAGCGUGUGCAACCGAGACUGGCUGCGUGGGUAGCGUGUGGUUAAUGACAGGAUUUGUCUGAUCGAGGGGCGAAAACACGCUUUGGUUUAGAAGGCUUACUACAGUAAAAGCGGCGCCCGUGAUGGAGAAUGGAUUGCACCAUUUGUGAAAUUAUUCAGGCUUUGGCGAUCUUCGCUGCCGUUGUUUUACUUGUAGUUGCCCUGAUUGCUCAUGUUACUGCAUAUACAAUGGCAAUUAUUCCACGUCAAGAGUUGGAAAAAACGUUUCUUAGUAAACAGGGCAAAAAGGAACCUUUUCCCAGCAUUCAAGACCAGCCGUCCAGGGACCUUUCUGUAAUCGUUCCUUCAUACAAUGAGGAACUCCGAUUACCUGUAAUGAUGGAUGAAGCUCUGGAUUUUCUAGAAAAAAGACAGAAAAAAGAUCCAUCUUUUACCUAUGAAGUAAUUGUGGUUGAUGAUGGUAGCAAAGAUAAAACUACAGAGGUUGCAUUAAAGUAUACAGAGAGGUAUGGUGAUGAUAAAGUGAGAGUGCUGACACUGGUGAAGAAUCGGGGCAAGGGUGGUGCUGUGAAGUUGGGCACCUUAAGCUGUCGAGGAAAGUACAUCCUUAUGGCAGAUGCAGAUGGGGCUACAAAAUUUGCAGAUAUAAUAAAAGUGGAGGCUAGUCUUAAGGACUUGCAGUUACAGCCAAAUGAGAUGGCCAUAUCAUGUGGGUCUCGAGCACACCUGGAGAAAGAAUCUGUAGCUAUGCGUUCUGUAUUUAGAACAUUCCUGAUGUAUGGGUUCCAUUUUCUGGUCUGGUUCUUCUGUGUCAGGGGAAUUCGAGAUACCCAAUGUGGCUUUAAAAUGUUUACACGAGAGGCAGCUCUAAGGACUUUUUCUAUUCUGCAUGUGGAAAGAUGGGCCUUUGAUGUGGAACUUUUAUAUAUAGCCCAGUGUUUAAAUAUACCCAUUACAGAGGUUGCUGUUAACUGGACAGAAAUUGAAGGUUCCAAACUGGUCCCAUUUUGGAGUUGGUUACAAAUGGGCAGAGAUCUGAUUUUCAUACGUCUAAGAUAUCUCACUGGUGCCUGGACACUAGAGAGCCAGAAAAAACACGACUGAAAUAUAAGGGGAAAAUGGGUUUAUGCUAUAUAAGUAAAAACGUGUUAUUUUUAUUUACCUUUUAUACAAAAGUUUAAUGAAGAAGUACUGUAUCACAAAUAAGGGAGUAGUUGUUUUUGAUCCCACUGCUUAUAUUAUUUGUAGAUUUCUGUCAGAAUUCAAAGCAUAAAUGGAUUUGUUUAUCAUUGGAAUUGUAUGUUACCAAUAAAUAAAUCACACAACCCAAGAAUUAAA